CACAAGAUUAACAUUUCCUUAUUUCAAGAUCUAAACAUCACUUUUCUUAGAUUAACCACUCUCAAGAUGAUCAGUGCUAAGAAGCUCGUCAGAUUAGCAAGAAAAUGGCAGAAACUGGCUGCCAUUAGGCGAAAAAGGCUCGCUCUGCCGCAAACCAUUAGCAGUCUAGACUCAGAUGACCGCAGCACAUCAUCAACAGCAGAAAAGGGUCACUUUGUUGUGUACACUACCGAUAAGAAACGCUUUGUGCUUCCCUUGAAUUACCUUAACAACGAACUUGUUAGAGAGCUAUUCAAUCUAGCAGAAGAAGAGUUUGGAUUAACAAGCGAUGGACCUAUCACAUUGCCAUGUGAUGCUACCUUCAUGGAAUAUGCAAUCAUCUUGAUCCAGCAUAAUGUGGCUAAAGAUAUAGAGAAAGCAUUACUGGCCACCAUAGCUAGCAACCGAUGUUCAUCAUCUUUAUAUCUUCAUCAUGAUGUUAGACAUCACCAAUUGUCAAUUUGUAGCUUCUGAAAUACAUUACAAUAUUAGUAUACAUAUCGAUACAUUAAUGAAAUUCAAGAUCUUUUGUCAUGUUUGCUU